AUGGCUAGCACGAGCCCGACCACAUCCGCUCCUACCUCCAGCAAUGCCAACAUCACCAUCAAUACCAAUGCCAACGCCCAUGCAAGCCCCAACGGCAACGUGAGCCCUACGAGUGCCAAUGAUGCCGCCUCCGCGAACGGCACCAACCAAGCAACCACUCCUACGCCUAGCGAAAAGAAGCAGAUCUCGCAGGCGGACGUGCAGUCAAGCAUGUCGUCUAUGCCCGCGCCUCCUGCGGCGGCGGCGGCGGCGGUUCAUCAACCCAAGAUCGUGCAAACAGCCUUCAUCCACAAACUCUACAACAUGCUCGAGGAUCAGAGCAUCCAACACCUCAUCUCUUGGUCGCCGAGCGCCGAGAGUUUCGUCAUGUCACCCACCGCCGAUUUUUCCAAAGUCCUAGCUCAAUACUUCAAGCACACAAACAUCUCAUCUUUCGUACGGCAAUUGAACAUGUACGGUUUCCACAAAGCCGAGCAACCAAAAGCCCAGCCCCUGCAGCCUGGCGCGCCCACCGAGCCGAUGCCGAUGACUUCUGAUUCGGGCGACCCACGCCUUGUGGGCGUGGAGCAUACGAUCUACGAAAUGAAUAUGCGGCUUCAAAGAAGCGAAGAGCAUGCCCACUUCAUGCAUUUGAGGCAGCAGACAGUAAUGGACAUGCUAGGCAAGGCGAUGCAGCUGAACCAAGAGCUUGCUAGGGCACUGCUCACCCUCGUCCCGGGCCCCGAUCACCCUGUCCACCGUGAUGUCGUUGCGCUGCAAGGAGAAUUCCAAAGGCAGUCGGAAGUUUUGCGGGCGAUGGACGAACCGCAGGAGCAUUUCAUGAGCAGCAGCUGGCGCAUGAUGAUCCGCGCCGGAGCACGCUUGCGGUUCCUCAACCUAACCGCAGCAACAACUUCUACCGUCCGCCUGUCCCCUCGAAUCUUGCCGUCACCCCGCGCCGACCCUUUGGGUCAUUUGGCGCCAACAGCGCGCAAACGUCUCCCAGCUCCGUCCGGCCACCUCCGCCUCCGCCUCCGGGCCCUCCGGGCCCUCACCCGCUUUCGCACGUCGAACCUCCUCCUGGCCAUCUUGCGCGACGUCACACGGCAGCGGAUAUCCGCGCUCAUGGCUGGCAAGGCCAGCCGAACCACAACCCCUACGCGGGUGGUCCGCCACCUCCGCCUGUGGGUCAAUGGCCACCUUCCCCGAACCGCGUUGCCCCCGAAGAUCAACGUAUACGCGACUCCUUCUCCAGCUACUCUAUUCAAUCCGCCUCGCAGACCCGACCCCACUCACGACCUACCACCCCCGCCACCGUUUGCCAAUGGUGCCCCAGGUGCUGAUACUUUUGGAAGCUGGUCCUUCAAUUCGGCUGGGAGUCGCGAGAACAAAAACCUUUCCGUUCGAGACAGUUCAGGUCCCCCAACCCGACGUGGGAGCAUGGCGCACAUUCUUAACCCGGCAGAUACGGCCGAGAGGGAAGGCGAGGAUGAGGAUCCCCGAGGGGAUGACGACCGUAAGAGGAAGCGGGUUCAAUAA